AUGUCUUCUUAUGCUUCUUUUCAAACGCAACAUGGCCAGUUAGGUUCGUUUCGUUUGAACUACGCCAAUUCUGCCAUCAUUGUAUUGAGCUCGUUUCUCUUGUUUCGAGUUGGGCUUGUUGCGUAUCGACUUUGGUUCCACCCAUUGCGACGGUUUCCCGGGCCAAAAACAUGGGCUGCGUCAGAUCUUCCCUACAUAUACACAGCCAACAUUACAGGGACUGGCAUUCGCCAGAUAUCGGACUUCCAUAGAAAGUAUGGUCCAGUUGUUCGAGUUGGUCCUAAUCGUCUAGCUAUGGACGGAAGUGUAGGCUGGCCGCAGGUCUAUGCCCGUCGCUCCGCAGGGGAAGCAGAAUUUGAGAAAGCGCCCGGUCACUUUGCGCCAGGAUUCAGUAAAUCAAUCAUUGCAUCCCCAAAAGAUGUCCAUCGCAGACAGCGACGGCAACUAGGUUAUGCCUUCAGCGACGCAGCGAUGCAUGAGCAAGAACCCAUCAUCGAGCAGUAUGUUAGGCUACUGGGCGAUCGUAUCCAUGAGCAUGCAGCCUCCGGAAAAGAGAUGAACAUUGUUCAGUGGCUAAACUUCACUACCUUUGACAUUAUUGGCGACCUCACCUUCGGGGAGUCCUUUGGUAGCUUGGAGAGCAGUAAUUAUCAUCCAUGGGUCUUAAGCAUCUUCCAAGGUAUCAAGGGCGAUUCUUUUCAGCGAGCUUGUAGGAACUACCGUACCCUUGAACCUCUGCUUCGAUACGUCUUUGGCGACAAGAACUCAAACAAAGGUGAUGAAAAUCGAGAUUUGUCUGGGAAGAAGGGAAGAGCACGAAUGGAGCAGGGCCUGGAACCUAAGGGAAGAAGGGACUUCAUAACGUAUAUGAUGCAACCAAACCGGGACGGCCAUUCCGGGUUUUCGCUGGACGAGAUCAUGGCUAAUGCGCCCUUGCUUGUCGUUGCCGGUAGCGAAACCACUGCCAGUGCACUAUCAGGGUUGUUCUUCUACUUGAGCCAGACGCCUCGGGUGAAGCGGAUCCUUGUGGAAGAGAUUCGGUCCGCAUUUGACGAUGAGUCAGAAAUCACCAUGGUGAGCACAAACAAACUCGAGUACCUGCAUGCUACCUUAGAGGAAACUUUAAGGGUAUACCCACCGGCUGCAGGCACACCACCUCGCGCUUCACCUGGUGCCGAGAUUGAGGGCAAAUUUGUACCUAAAGGCACUGUCGUUCAUGUCACCCAAUGGACAACAUUCCGCAACCCUGAGCAUUUCUUUGCUCCCGACUCUUUUUACCCAGAACGCUGGUUGAGGAAGGACCACUCGCUUUAUGACCCCAAGUUCGACAACGACAACCAUGCCGUGUUCAAGCCAUUUAGCCAUGGACCUCGAGAUUGUAUCGGCAAGAACUUGGCAUACUCUGAGAUGCGACUGAUCGUUUCACACUUGCUGUACAAAUUCGAUGUCGAGGCACUACCUGGACAGGAUGAUUGGCACGCAAAGCAGACGACCUUCAAUAUUUGGGAUAAGGGCCCUCUAUAUAUGAAAUUCACAACCAGAGAGAGACAGUGA